CGGCAUCGGAGAGGGGAAGAACCAACAAUGGCGGAGAAGAUUAAAGAGGAGGAGAGGAUCAACAACUACAAGUACAGUAUCAUAGUCCCUACCUACAACGAGCGUCUCAACAUCGCCCUCAUCGUCUAUCUCGUCUUCAAACAUCUGAGGGGUGUUGAUUUUGAAAUAAUUGUUGUCGAUGAUGGGAGUCCUGAUGGCACUCAAGAAGUUGUAAAACAGUUACAACAAGUGUAUGGCGAGGAUCGUAUUCUAUUAAGAGCUAGACCAAAGAAACUUGGUUUAGGAACUGCUUAUGUUCAUGGUCUGAAGCAUGCAUCCGGGGAUUUUAUUGUAAUCAUGGAUGCUGAUCUAUCCCACCAUCCUAAGUACUUGCCAAGCUUCAUCAGGAAGCAGAUGGAGACUGGUGCAAGUAUAGUUACAGGCACCAGGUACGUUGGAGGUGGUGGCGUGCAUGGAUGGAACCUUAUGCGCAAACUGACCAGUAGGGGAGCCAAUGUACUUGCUCAAACACUUCUAUGGCCUGGUGUAUCAGAUCUGACAGGAUCUUUCCGGCUUUAUCAGAGAUCUGUUCUUGAAGAUGUCAUAAACUCCGUCGUUAGUAAGGGAUACGUAUUUCAGAUGGAAAUGAUUGUCCGCGCCUCCAGAAAAGGGUACCAUAUUGAAGAGGUACCCAUAACUUUUGUCGACAGGAUUUUUGGGAGUUCAAAGCUUGGAGGAUCUGAAAUUGUUGAAUAUCUGAAAGGCCUUGCCUAUCUGCUGGUCACUACCUAAAAUUUGGGUUGGGGAUGCUUCAAUCUUAGAUUUUAUUCCUUUGUGCAGAAUAACCACUUCUAACUCUUGUUCCAGAGGUAUUUGGCAAGAGAAAGCAACGAGACUCUCAAUCCAGUUUUGCA